UUGAGUUAUUCGGAAAUAAAACCUUUGCGUGAGUAAUGCAGGCAAAAAUUAUUGAUUUUGCAAGUGAUAGGCUUGUUAAUGCCUUACAGAAAAUUGAUAAAAAUGAUGUAAAAAAAGUGAUGACAAAUGUGUCGAACAAAGUUCAAUCGAAGAAUUCGAAAGCGCCUUCAAAUCCACCCUUAGAUAGGGUAACAAGCAGUGACGAAUAUUGUGCAAUGUUAAGGAAUGAAUUUGAUUUUUUGCCACCAUCUUAUAAUGAUGAAAGACAAAGAGGCAUCCUGAAAAAUAAAAGAUAUGAUACAAAAUUUAGUGUAGAGGGUUCAGUUAAUGAAAGUGUUAAUAAGGAGGAGAUUUUUGAGGAAGGAAAACAAAGCAAUCAAGACUCAAUCAGUAAUAAUAUUGAAAAUUUUGAUGAAGCAGUAAGACCAGCAGAUUCAACUAAACACUAUCAAAAUGAGGUUCAAAGCUUCGUGCAAAAGAAAAAUGUCGCUCAAGGUAUGAUGGACCUUGCAUUGCUUUCAUCAAAUUGUAACCAACUUAGAUACGUGCUCGACAUGAACUAUAUGCAUCCAUAUUAUUUAACAAGCCUUACUCUAAUUGGCACAUCAUUGGCAUUGCAGAUAAUUGUUGGAUUAGCUUUGUUGUAUUCGAAUGGCUACAAUUUAAAGCGUCAAUCACAUAUGAAUGCAGCAACAAGAAUAUCAAAUUUGAGUAUCGUUGGAGUUUUUGUCAUCACUGUCAUAAAUGUCUUGAUUGCAGCAUUUAAUGGAACAAACAUACCACAUACUCCACCAACCUCAAUUAGCAAUAUAACCGAAUCUAUGAUGGAUGCACCAGUUGCUGAAGUUCCAAUGAUGAUGCAAGAUGAUGCUGUCUAAAAUAACAAUUACAAAGAGAUUAAUAAUAAAAAUAUUUUAUUUGAUUAGGAAAAAAACAAAAAUUUAAUUAAAUUUCAUUUACUCAUAUAUCACUGAAUUAAUUGCUGCAAUUUUAUGAUGAGU